CCUUUUGAUUUGCGGUUGGAUGGCAGGGAUCUAUCGAGUUGACACGUAACGCAAGUUAAAGGUGCUAUGCAGGCCUCUUUAGCCAUUUCGGUCCAAACUUUUUCGCACAACUUCUGUAGGAUUGCAUCGGAGAAAAACACGGCGUAACGAAGAGGAGGGGUUAGGGUUAGACUUUUCGUUCCUCUGCAAACUCAGAACCUCGAGUCGUUUGGUGAAAAUCUGUGCGACCACUUUUGAAGCAAAAACGACUGCGGCUGGUGUUGGCGUACGAAAGUAAUGUUUACGUUAACCCGUCUGACCUGCGUGGAAAUGUCUCCUGACUUGGAGUGACGGGUGAGGUUGGAAGUCGAGUCUGGAAGUUUCCAGCAGUAAAGACGGCGCUUACCCGCUCAAGCAGCGGGGAGGGGCGCGGGUUGAACAUGGGAAACGGUGUGUGCUCGCGGAGGCAACGGAGGAUUUUUCAGGUUCUCCUACUCGUCACCGUGGUUUGCGGAAUGAUGUACGGCGGCAUGGUGUCGUACGAGAUGCACAAGGAGCUGAAGCGGACGCAAGCCAUGGCACUAAAGUACCAGCAGCACCAAGAGUCUCUGUCGGCUCAGCUCCAAGUGGUGUAUGAGCAUCGAUCAAGACUGGAGAAGUCGCUUCAGAAGGAGAGGUUAGAGCACAAAAAGGCCAAAGAAGAUUACCUGGUGUAUAAACUGGAUUCACAACAGUCACUGAAUAAAGAAAAGCAAGAGUCCAGCAGCAAACUGAGCUCGCUACACGUGCAACAUCAGAUGCUCAAGAACACGCACGAGGAUCUGAAGAAGCAGCUUUAUGAUAUGCAAGAGCAGCAUCAGAUGCAGGGAAAUGAUCACAACCGGCUGCUAGAAGAGCACAGAGAGCGCUAUGAAAAAAUGCAGCAAGUCAAAGAAAGUGAGGUGGCCCAGCUGAAAGACAAUGUAUUUAACCUCAGAGAAGAAAAUAAGCAGCUAAGAAAAGCCCAUCAUGAAAUUCACAUCCAACUGCAGGAUGCUCAGGUGAGACAUCAAGACCUGAAGAAGGCACACGAUCAGGUCACGCUGUCACUAGAAGACCACAAGAAUGCGCUAGCGGCAGCUCAGGUACAAGUUAAUGAAUACAAAGAGCUGAAGGAGUCCCUUAACAAGGCACCAAACAUGAGACAGCCUGAGCAAAACUCUGUGCUCCAGCAACCAGAUCCAAAGUCCCAGCAGGCCUUUGUAUUGAAGCAGCCAAAUGAGGAGGUGCCUGUACUGAAAGAGGAUCACCAUGAUACUGCGUCCAGGUUGGAUCAGCAAGAGCCCAAAGUCCAGUCUCACCCCACCACGUCAGAGAAAGAUGAGGAGGGAGAUGCAGAGAGGAAGAGGGAGCUGGCUGAGGAAGAAAUGGCCCAAGCAGGACAGCCUCAAAAGCUAGAGGAGGAGGACCCCGAUCAACAGCGGGAGGAGCAACGGGAAGAUGAUGAAAGCGAGCAAGAACUGGAACAGCCAGACGAAAACGCCUUGGACAGCCAGAAACAUCAGCUACUUAAGCCACAGCAAGGGGUGGAGCGUGCCAAAUCCGCUUAUGAGCAGCAGCAGGAGCAGCAGCGCCUGGAAGUUCUGAAGGCCGAAGAGCGCCGCUUGAUCCAAAUGCGACAGGACUCCCUGCAGGCCCAGAGAGAGAAGGUGCUGAGGGAGAGGGAGGCAAAGCUGAAGGAAGAACAGGAGAGGGAGAAGCAGCAGCAUCAGGAGGCUGACCGACGGGAGCAGCUGCUAAGAGAGGAGCAACAAAGGAAGAAGGCCGAGUAUGAAGACAUGGACCAUGAUCUAGACCAACGAGAAAUGCAUCACACUGAUAGUAAAGAAGAGAAACAUUCUGUCUUGUUACACGGUGGCAUGAAGAUGCCACAUCAGCAGGGUGCCAUCGGUGGCGGCGAACUGGACCCCGAGGAUGAUCCUAACAACCAGGGAGAGGACGAAUUUGAAGAAGCAGAGGAAGACCAGUCACAUCAUCGUGUUAAGAAGGAUGACGUUCUGGAGGAAGAAGAAGAGGAGGAGGAGCCGGCAAAAGCCAAGCACGAAGACUCACACGAAGGCCCCGAGAAUCCUGCUAUGGAGGACGAGCUGGUGAUUGCUGGAAACCCAGAUCAGCAGGAGGACAAUCCAGAUGACCAGUAUCAGGAGGACGCUGAGGAGGAGGCUCAGGAGGACAUUGCUGGUGAGAAGGAGAGCGAGGACAAACUGGAGGAGGAUGAGGAGGAGACAUAUAUUGAGGAGAACACAGAACAGGGACCACACAAGAGAGAGCCUCACGGCAAAGACCCUGAGGAAGAGAAUUACGAGGAAGAGGGGCCCGGUCGAGACAAGGGAACCGUUCGACGGGCGGAAAUGUAAAUCUGAAAGAAACACUGAGAAGUUCGUCGUCUCCAUUCCCAAAAAUGAAGCCAACAGCCAUCCACUCAAGACUCCAAGAAGGACGAUUGGGAUCGAACUCCUGGAGAUGGCGAAGGCUUUUGUUGGAACCGAUCCGCUUUCACUGUGCAAUUGAACGGAAUGUAAUUGGUGAGGAUGGUUUUACAUGCUGUAUAAUGUUUUUUUUAUAUUCAUACCUUCUACACAUGCAAAGAAUGUACUUUCAGCAAGAUGGCUGUAAAGUCAAAAAGAUAAGUUAAUAUUCUUUGUUUAAAAAGGUCAGUAAAAUGUUCAUCUGGUAUUCCAAUCAAUCACUUGUUCUUUUAUUUAUUAUUGAUUGAUUGUGACGCCUUUGACAAUCAAGCAAGGUGCAAUUUCAAGCCAAGUUUGUCACACGGACAUGUGCCUUUCCAUUCAGAUUUCUCAUUUUGCAUUUUCAAACGUAUAGCAUAUGGAAAGAUGGCAUGUAACAAGAAAUUUCUGCCUUAUCAUACACUGUCCACCUUUUUAAAAUUUUCCGUCAACAAAUCCGAUGCAAUUUUCAUUACAAUGUACAAUAAAAUGAUGCUGUCUUUUUGUAUAUUUUUCAACUGUAUUUGAAGCAAAAGUGGGAUUUUAAUGACCGAUAUUUUGUCAACUGAAUGUUUUGUGUGGAAUAAAGAUUUCAGUUGUA